UUGAUUACCGUGAUGUUCCUGCUGCUAUAAAUUGCUGUCAGCAGUGCUUCACCAGGCUCAGCUCUAGUAGAGCAAGAGAGAGAGGAUUUUUACCUGCAACUAGCUCCCCAUCAGGCACGGGUGUGGGAGGAGCAGGAGAGGAGCCGGCAGGACAAGGCAGUGUCAGGCAUCUCGGACACAGGGCCAGCAUGGCGUCUCUGCUGGACAUCAUAGCCAGACCUUCUGCUGUCAUUUUGCAGCUCUCUGUGGUGCUUGGUGUCAUCUUCGUGCUGCUGAAGGUGGCCCAGUUCUACAAGGAGAGGAAGAAACUCAUCAAGGCUCUGGAGGCAUUCCCUGGUCCCCCGAAACACUGGCUCUAUGGCCACAAUCACCUGUUAAAUACCACUAAAAUAUUAAAUCAGAUCGUGUCAUGGGGAGAAGAAUACCCCUAUGCCUUUCCCAGAUGGCUUGGACCAGUCCUGCCUUCUCUAGUAAUCCACCAUCCUGAAUAUGCCAAAAGCAUAUUUGGCCAAACGGACAGCAAGUCUGAUGUACCCUACAAAUUCUUAGUUCCCUGGAUCGGGCAGGGUCUGCUGAACUUGGAUGGAACCAAAUGGUUCCAGCAUCGGAAGUUGCUCACACCAGCCUUUCAUUACGAUGUGCUGAAAUCUUAUGUGGCCCUGAUGUCAGAAUCGGUCAAAGUGAUGCUGGAUAAAUGGGAAAAGAAGAACACAGAGAGGAAGUCAGUGGAGCUCUUUCAAGACAUCAGCUUGAUGACGCUAGACAGCAUCAUGAAAUGCGCCUUCAGUUGUAAUACCAACUGUCAGACUCAGGGCAACUCAGACUAUUAUAUCAGAGCUGUUUAUGACCUGAGCUACCUCGUGAGCAAUAGAAUCCAGACUUUUUCUUACAAGGAUGUCUUCUAUGACUUGACUCACAAAGGCCGUGAGUUUCGGGAUGCCUGCAAGCUGGCCCACACCCACACAGAUAAGGUAAUAAAAGAAAGAAAGAUGUUGCUCUCCAGUGAGAAGGAACUUGACAAGAUCCAGAAGAAGAGACACCUGGAUUUUCUGGACAUUCUUCUUUGUACCAAGGAUGCAAAUGGAGUUGGGCUAUCCGAUGAGGACCUGCGUGCCGAGGUGGACACGUUCAUGUUUGCAGGUCAUGAUACCACGGCCAGCGGGAUCUCCUGGCUUUUCUACUGCCUGUCAUUACACCCAGAGUACCAGCAACGGUGCAGGGAGGAGAUCCAGGGGAUCUUGGGAGACCGAGAUACCAUUGAGUGGGAGGACCUUGGGAAGAUGACUUACACCACAAUGUGCAUCAAAGAGAGCUUGCGUCUAUUCCCACCGGUUCCUUCUGUGUCCCGAUACCUCUCUAAACCUGUCACAUUUCCCGAUGGACGCAGCUUGCCAGCAGGCUGCCAGGUUGGAGUGAACAUAUUUGCUAUUCACAGGAACCGGGAUGUGUGGGAGGACCCUGAGAUUUAUGAUCCCCUGAGGUUUUCUCCGGAGAACUCAGCACAGAGGCACUCCCACGCUUUCCUGCCUUUCUCCGCUGGAUCCAGGAACUGCAUCGGGCAGCAGUUCGCCAUGAAUGAGAUAAAGGUAGCGCUGGCCUUGACCCUGCUCCGCUUCGAGCUCUGCCCCAACCCGUCCAUGCCUCCCACACUGAUACAGCAGCUCAUCCUCAAGUCCAGGAAUGGGUUCCACCUGCAUUUGAAGAAGAUUCACUGAUCCCAGGGGGUACCACAGCAGGGGACAAGAGCUUUCCCAAGGACCACCCUGCACUUGCACACUGCCUGGAGGGACUUCUGUCACCCGCCUGUGUAUUUGCACCAUUGCCAGCUCCCCGCUCAGGCACGGCAGCGAACAACGCCGGCGCGGUUUGCACGGCUGUCUAAAGCCUGGCCGCUGCCCGAGCGCAACAACCCUUCCCUGCCUCCAGCCCGGGUGAGCCAGGGCAGGAGAGAUCCUCCCCGCAGCCACACUGCAUCCCCACGCACCACCCUCCACAUUAUUUCCCCUAACCUGUUCUGGGGCUGGCACCGUGCCUGCCAUUAUAGAGAUGAAGGCCAGUGGGUUUUUCUGCCCCGGCACUGAACUUCCUUGAGCUGAGGGUGCUCAGGAGUCAGCGCAGAGACAUAUCACCAGCUAACCUGGAGAAAGCACUCGCUGCACUGAAAACAACAUGUGAUCAGCCUUAUCCUCCUCGCUGAAAUGAGAAUAAAGCCUUGUGGAGCUGCUGCUCUAA